AUGGGCAAAGCCGCCAAGCGCCAGUAUUUCGCGGUCAUCAAUGGCCAUGAGGGGACCAAGAUAUACCCCGACAAGCUUUGGAGCGAAAUCCGACAUCACGUUGACGGGGCCUCUGGCGUUGUAUUCAAGGGGCACCCUUCGCAUGCUGCUGCUGAACGAUGGAUGGACCAGCAUCCCGCUUACAUCGCUUCGAAGUUGAGAGACCAGCGGAAGACUAAGGAGAUGCAACAUCUCGCGAGCGUGGCAUCGCCCAAGGUCAACGUAUUGGCGGGCAUCAAGGCGGAGAGCAUGUCGGACAAUUCCGUUGUCAUGGCUGACUCUACCAAUGUGGCGCGAAACGAAGUUUUGCCACAACCCGUAGAAGACAACGCGGACUCCGAGGACUCCGGGUCGUCUGUACACUUAUCGCCCGAGCAGCUCGAUAUCCUUGAACGUGUCCGACGAGGAGAGAAUGUCUUCUUCACGGGUUCUGCUGGCACUGGAAAGUCUUUGCUUAUUCGCGAGAUCAUGAAUUUAUGGGACCACAGUCCGCGCCAAUUGGCCAUCACUACCUCCACUGGAGCAGCAUCCGUGGCUUUCAAAGGCGGUCGUACAUUCCAUUCAUGGGCGGGUAUCGGCCAAGGCGCAAAGACGGCAGAAUUGCUUUUGGAAGAGGACAUAUUGCCGUUCAAAACCAGAAGAAAGCGGUUGAGACAGACGAGGUGUUUGAUCAUAGAUGAGAUUUCCAUGAUCGACAGAGAACUGUUUGAUAAAGUGGAAUAUAUUUGCCGAGUGGUACAGCAAAAUAACAGGCCGUUUGGAGGCAUACAGCUUGUAGUGUCAGGUGACUUCUUCCAACUGCCUCCGGUUCCCGGCCCUCAGAAAGGCAAGGCCAAGUUUGCCUUUGAAGCGGGGUCGUGGCCGUAUUGCUUCAACACUAUUCAUCGGCUGACUCAUGUCUUCCGUCAGUCUGACGAGGAGUUCGUGCAUCUCCUCAACGAGAUGAAGAUCGGCAGGGUUAGCGCAGAAACCACUACGGUGCUGCAAAACCUUGAUCGUAGAGUCGACUAUCCAGAUGGUAUCGGCCCCGUCGAGCUAUAUCCCACGAAAGAACAAGCCUCAGAGGCCAACCAGAGGCAACUCGACGACAUCAAGCAUCCUCUGAUCAGAUUCGUCGGGUAUGAGAUCCCAUACGGAGUGGACGACAACAACUGUCCGAUCUCAGACGAGCUAAGGGCUGACAUCCGGAAGCGCCUUGCCGCCCCGCAGGACCUCGAUGUCAAGGAAGGAGCGCAAGUCAUGCUCAUCAGAAACAUGAUCCAAGGAAAAUACGUGAAUGGAUCUGUAGGAGUUAUCGAGGACUUCUGCACGAUAGACGAGGCCAUAGGGCGCCGAAUAUUCCCUUUUCAUGACCCGAAGACAUUGGAAAGUGCCAUCAAAGCAAUGCCGAAUAUCUGUCGCGACCCGAACACAAAGAGUGGCUGGACAGAUCGGCGGUACCCGCUCGUACGCUUUCCGAGGGGGCGUACGUUAUUCUGUCAUCCAGUCCUGUUCCAUCAAGAGAACCGCUUUGGUCGUCUCAUGGCGGGCCGCAUACAGGUCCCACUCAUCAUUGCUUGGGCUCUCAGCAUCCACAAGUCGCAAGGAGCUACCUUGGAACGCGUCAAGGUUGACCUUGCCCGCGUCUUCGAACGCGGUCAGGCGUAUGUUGCGCUAUCCCGCGCGACGUCUAUGGAGAGCCUCCAGGUACUCAACUUCAACCCGUUGAAAGUGGAAGCGCAUCCGUACGUUCUUCGAUGGAUGGGUCACGAAGUGGAUCCGCAAGCCCUGGAGGACGAAGAUUGGCAGCGCGCUCGGGCGCUGGAGAAUUACCGGCAGAGUGUCACGGAUUACAAAGAAGAAGACUUUCACCAUUAUGAUAUUCAAGUUGUGUAG